CUCCCCCACACCAUCACUUUCUCUUUCUUCCCUCAUGACUCUGUGCCCGCUCUCUUCUUCCUUACUACGCUUCUCUCUCUACAUCAUUCUUCUUUCUCCUAUUCUCCCACCCUCCCUUCUGCUCUCCUCUCCUCCGAGUGGCGACACUGUGACUGCCUGCGUCAGCCAGCCCUUGCCAGCUAGUGAAAGCUGCUACUGGAGGUUGCCGUAUCCUGCAGAGAUCCCUGUGUUUGUGUGUGUGUGUGUGUGUGCGUAUGUGUGUAAGUGUAUGAGUGCACGCAGAUGGGAAAGCAACUGAGUCAGGGAGGGCUGCCUCUCAUCUCUCCACUGUCAUCGCCAUCCUUUCCUCUCCUCCUCCUCUGCUGCCAUGGAGCUCCAGCAGGCUGAAUCGCAGCAGCAUCUGCAGAAAGGGCUGAGGUAGAUGUGCGUGUGUGUGUGGUGCUCUGUUGGGCCAUUAUGGAGUGUGUGUGUCUGGGAAGGUGGAUGUCGGGCUCGGCCGUCGUGUUCCUUCACACACUGGCCCUGUCCUGGACAGGUGCAAUUGAGCCCAUUCCUAAAAUUGACGGAUGGCACCGGGGAGGUGUGACGCUGCAGGAGAAUGUGACACACCGGUUCAACUGCCAUUCAGAUGGCUGGGACCCCCACGCCCCUCCCAUGCUGACCUGGUAUUUGAACGGCGAGCAGCAGAGAGAUCCAUCGCCAAACCGUGGCCGUCUGGUCAUGACGUCACAAGAGGAUUCUGAGGUGAUGAGACCGGGGUCCAGUCACAACAGCACCUUCUCUUUGAGGGCCAGAAAGUGGGACAGGGAACUGGUGUGUGUCGCAUCAAACCCCAGGACAGGCGAGAGCUACAACGCCACGGUCACGCUCAAUGUCCAGUUCGAGCCAGAAAUCCUCAGGGUGAAUGCCCACUAUAGUGAAACCUCAGACCCCGGACUCUCCCUAGUCCUCUUCGCCUUGGUGCGGUCAAAUCCACCUGCCACGAUCACCUUUGUUGACCAGUCCGGCCAGUUGGUGGCCAAUACCUCUGACUUCCUCAUUCUGGACUCACGAAGCUACCCCUGGCUGACCAAUCACACGCUGAGAGUCACGCUCAGCAGUCUAUCAGGGAAUGUCUCGCUGAAUGCCAGCAACAGUGUGGGAACGGCGCAAAGCAACCUCACACUGGCAGAGUUCCUGCAGUCUCGUGUGGAGGUGCCCAUGCUGGGAAUCGUGACCGGAGGAGCCAUGGCCUUUAUGGCCCUGCUCAUCCUCAGCCUGAUAGUUCUCUGCCUCAUGCAAAAAAACAAGAGCAAGUCUAUUGAGGAUACAGUGGAGAUUGUGAUGACCAAGAAGAGCGAGUCAGCCAAUCUGAAGCCGGAUAAAACUGAUAAGACCCUCAUCCCCAGAGAGAACAUGUCCCUGCCUUCAAACAUGCAGCUCAACGACCUCAGCACUUUAAAGAAAGCCCGAGAGGCCGCCCAGCAGAACAGUGUGGGAGAGGAGAAGAAAGAGGAAGAUGAGGAGGAAGAUCUAUCUUUAGCCUAUGCUGCCAGAGGUUUUGCCAGAUAUCCGAUGGUGGGCUACAUCUAUAAGGUGAACAGCACAAGCAGCGAGGAGAUCUGGCUCUGACGUCCCUGAAUGUAACACACAUACUGUACAUGCAUGCCUUCUACUUCAGAACAGUCCAGCCGUCCCGGAGGAAACCCAGAGCAACUGCCACUCAACCAACAACUCAGGCUGGACUGACACGAACAGGAUCCAGGAUCUUGUUGGUGGAGUUUAACACCAUUCUGCUGACCGCAUCGACAUGAUCACGAGUUUCAUAACCACACAAGGAAACUGUCUGUGUGUUUGUUACCAAGUGCUCGGUAUUUACACUGCUGACAUGUUGUCUCAACAGUAUGAACUGCAAUUGAAGCGCUCAUCUUUCAGUUUGUUUCAACAUGAUCUCCUGUAAACAUGCUCAUAAUGUCCCUCGUCUGUGUUGCAUUACUGGAAUGCAUUAAAUGUUCUAUGCUAACGCUGAUACCUGAAUAAGAUGGUGCAUAAUUAUAGAAUAUGUAUUUGGUCAUGGAAAUGUUAAGAUGCAAUGUACUGUAUAUUUGUAUGCAUAUGUAUAUGUGUAUAAAAGAAGAUGUCUAAUAAAGAUAAUAUCAAG